AUGGCGGUAAAGAUGCUCUAUCGAGGACCAAGUUCGAAACUUGAGAAUUUAAUAGAAAAAAUUCAGGCUACAAAGGAGAUUGGAACUACAGAUAUGUACUCCACGCACACCUCUUCUAAUUACUCACCCUCAGUAUCAGAUGGCACGUUAACACCAAACUCAUUGCAACACCAAGAACAUCACUCACACUCCCAAUCAAUGCAAUAUUUUCCACAACAGAAUACUGACGGAGACACCAGUCGCAGAGUUAAUCAGCGAAAGGGGUUAUACACGACAAAGGAUGAAGGAACUGAAGAAAAUGAAGUGGGUGGUAAUGGAGAUGUCAAAAGUUCUGAAAAUAAUUCCGCUGAUACACUCAAUGCUGCGCAACUAGAAAACAAUGCCAACGCAGAUACACAACACAAAAGACAAGCGCGCCUUCAUCGGCAGCACCUUUACCACCACGGCGACUAUCACAGCUCGAAAAUUAUAACAAAACUGCGAAAAAUCGAAAGAGUCGCUACAAAGUUUGAUAAGUUGACAGGCGAUGGCAUUAAGGGUAACACCGUUGAUGGCUCUUAUCAGUGUCAGUUCUGUGAUAAAUCAUUUCCGCGACUUGGUUAUUUAAAAAAACACGAACAGAGCCAUGCCGAGCAUCUACCCUUUAAAUGUGAUUAUUGCGCUCGACUGUUUAAGCACAAGAGAUCGAGGGAUCGACACACUAAACUGCACACCGGGGAUCGCCGUUACCGCUGCCCUCACUGUGAGGCUGCUUUUUCUCGAAGCGAUCAUCUCAAAAUCCAUAUGAAAACUCAUGAUAAUCAGAAACCAUUUCAAUGCACGAUAUGCAAUCGUGGGUACAAUACCGCCGCGGCACUGACAUCGCAUAUGCAAAACCAUAAAAAGCAGGCAGCUAUCCUAGCUGCCGGUGGAAACCCACAAGCGCUCAAUUAUAGCCCCCGAUCCAGUGGAUCAGUCUCCAGUAGUGGAAGCUUUCAUAAAAGGCGCUAUGCUGCGGCAUUAAUUCAUACUGAAAAUAAGUCAAACCGGUUGGAACACCCAAAGCGACCUCGGACUGUCAAUCUUUUAACGUGUAACUAUUGCUCCAAAACUGAAUUCAACUCCAUUGAUCAGUUGGACAUUCAUAUACAAACAAAGCAUGAGAAAGAAAUAUUUUCAACACAAAAAAUACAACAACAGACAACUCCUAACAGUACUUUCUCAGACCAGAGUUCAUUUCAGCUGCGUUGUGAAUAUUGCACUAUGCAAUUUGGAAAUCUUCCUGCACUAUUUCAACACAUACGCAUCUCCCAUGUCGACCGAUUGGCCAGUCCCAACUCUUAUUUUGAGCAUUUCAAUCGCUUGGCUGCAUCUGGAACUUUCAGUCCUCGCUUAGUAACUGACAAAACAGCCUUGAAGGAGGGCAACAUAGCGAAACGAAAUAAUAUAAAGCAGGAACAGAUCGUACCUUCAGUAAAUGCCAAAGAUGAAAAACAAGAGGAAGAACCCACUGACCUUAGUCAAAAUAAACGACGCUCACCGACCCCAGUAUCAACGACAGAGGAGUCUUUUCAACCCGACAUAUUCUUUUGCAACCAAUGCAAUGCUGGCCUACCAGAUUUUGAGAAGUUCCGAAGUCAUUUAAAAACGCACAUAACUCAAGGAUUAAAUCUUAUUUGUCAUCAUUGUGGUUUGGCGUUACAAGAGCCAUCUGAGCACGAACGCCACGUAAUCUCGCAUUAUUUAAUCUCUAACUCUGAAUAUGCUUGUGAAUACAGCAAAUGUGAUAAAUCUUUUUCAAAGGCAGAUGAGCUGCAAAGCCACAUGUUGGAUCAGCAUACAAUUUCCAUGUUCAAAUGCUCGGUCUGCUCUGAGCUCUUUGAGUCGAAAAUGGCAAUUCAAAUGCAUUUCGCUUGCACACAUUCUGUCGAAACAAAAUCUUUCCGUUGCUCAGCUUGUAUGGAAAUAUUUAGAUCUGAGAGUGAGUUCAAUAAUCACGUUAAAUCGCAUCACCCGGGGCUGAAUGGACCAGUUCCCAACUCACUUCAAUGUAUGUUUUGUCGAACUGUGUGCUCAAAUGAAUUAGAAAUGCAUUUUCAUCUUGCCGCACAUGCACGCCAAUUUCAAUGCCCAUCAUGCCCGGAAACAUUUCACGUGGAAUUUCUGUUGGACCGGCAUAUGCAAAGCCAUCAUAGUGGCAAUACUCGACCAGUGUUAUCUUCAAAAGGAACAUUUGAAGAUGCAUCGACACCAUCAAAUGUACCGAAUCAAAUUAAUUCACUUUAUAUGAAUGCUUUGUUAAGUAAAACUCCACAAAUGCCGAUUUCCUCACAAAAUAACAACACAAGCAUUCUUGACUACAACAUUGCGUUUGCCGCACAUCUUAAUAAGAGCCUCUUCCCCGGUCCCACAGCAGUGGCUCCUUUGGCCGAUGGUAAGUUCUAUAAUGCUUUGCAAGUCGAUACAAGCACCGUUAAGCAUCCGGGACUUAUGUAUGGCUUAAGCCAACGCUAUUUCGACACAAGUCGAACCUUAAUAGAGAUGUAUACUCAGCAAAGGAUGGAAAAACCAACAACCGUGGAAAACUAUUACAACAGCCCGAAACCACAGCCAAUCGCUCAGCACCUAAAAUUGAAACCAGAUUUGCAUCAAAAUCGAUCCCCAGCAGAAUCGAUAAUACCGACGUCGGUAGCUUCAAGUUCUUCCAUGUGUUAUAGUUGUGAUAUUUGCGAACGCAAUGAUUUUCGGUCGGAAGGAGAAGUGAAUUCCCACCGAAAGAUUGUACAUAAUAUGAAAACAGGAGUUAGUCUACGUUGUGCAUAUUGCUCAGGAAAUUUUAAAUCUCGUAGUGAGUUGGAGCAUCAUAUGAAGACUUGUCAUAACUCCACUGGAAAACAUAAGUGUUUAAUAUGCGACGAAAUUUUCCCUUCACCCGCUAUAUUGGCGGAACACAAGUUGCAACACUCUAAAGUUGGUCAAUCGGGGAAAUGUUCACAUUGCAGUAAGCCUUUGGACGACGUUGCAGCUUAUAAAGCCCAUCUGAGUGAGCACAACAAUGAGAGCCAGCUUCCCAUGCAAUGCAUCUGCUGUCGACAGUCGUUGCAUUCGGAUUUCGAGAUCACCUUGCAUGCCCAAUUUCAUACCAAAUCUUCGAACAGUCCCGAAAGCGUUUGUGCACUCUGCUUAGAACCUAUCCCAAAUUCCAACAAUGGCGACGCUAAAGUUUGCGAAAAAUGUUGCCGGAAACACAAACUGGGUGGUAAAUUCAAUACCCACCGCCUACGAAAUGAAAUUUUUGAACAUGUUCCAGAAGUGCGACGUAAUACAUUGCCAACUGAAAGUCGAUGUAAUAUCUGCAAACUGAUGUUACCACAUGCCCAAAAACUGCAGGAGCAUUUGGUGGAGCAUACCUUUGCUGGGUGUGAAGAACGAGGUUUCAACUGCUACAUAUGCUCUGCCGUUUUCACUACACCAAGCAGCUUACUGACUCACAUGCAUGAGCACGGGCCUCAGUGCCGCCCUUACGACUGUAAUUUAUGUAGUGACAAGUACUUUUUCCGUGCUGAACUCGAGCACCACUUACUGGCUCAUGAGUCACAGACUACUUGUGAGUUGAAAGACAAAGAAAAAGAUAAGGAAAAGUUUACUUCAUUUCCGAAUGCAACCGAAAACUCAGUGCCCUAUCCAGAAGUUAAGAAAGAAAUAUUGUUAAAUGAUGAUAAAAUCCCAACUGGCGAAGAAGAUGAGUACAUCGAAAUUGAAAAUGUUAAUGAUGUUCAUCAUGCUUAUAAUUCAACACAGCAAAGUUAUGGCACUCCUGAAGAAAUCCUACAAAAAGAAGAUAGGAAACAUCAAAGCAACUAAAAUACCAGUAUGUCGACAGAUACUUGACCGAACUUCGUGUUUCAUGUAUAAAACUUUUUAAUGUUUUUGUUUAUUAUUUAACAUUUAGUAAUUAUAUGCGUGUUUGUGAAGAUUUAAAAAUGUCGACGUUAAUUAUUUCAA